AUGGCUGCAAAUAUUCAACAUAAAAAUGACAGGUUUGGUGGUGUCCUUGUGGAUGUCUCUGAACAGGAAUUACCAGACCUGAAUGACUUCAUCAGCAACCUGAAAGAUGCCCUAAGACAGUGGAAGGCUGAUGGAAAGCGAGGUGUGUGGCUAACAUUACAAACAAGCCAGUCUAGUUUGAUUCCAAAGAUAACUGAGCUGGGAUUUGACUUCCAUCAUGCCAAACCUGGCUCUGUGUGUCUCACCAAAUGGUUGCCUGAGGACAUUCCCAACCAUAUCCCCGGGUAUGCCAACCAUUUCUUGGGUGUUGGAGGGUUCGUGAUAAAUGACCAGAAGCAACUGCUGGUCAUCAGAGAAAAAUACCAUGCUAACAACAACAUUACAGCCUGGAAGCUUCCUGGUGGUCUGGCUGAUGCAGGAGAAGAUAUCGGUGAGACAGCCAGAAGAGAAGUUCGAGAAGAGACAGGUGUUGACACAGAGUUUGUGUGUGUCAUUGCUUACAGGCAUAUGCACAACUAUCGGCAUGGAUGCUCCGACUUCUACUAUGUGUGCCUGAUGAAACCGUUGACUGCAGACAUCCAAGCCUGCCCUCUGGAGAUUGCAGAGUGCAAGUGGAUGGAUUUGGAUGAAUACGAAGCUAUGGACAGCAUAUCUGAUGUCAACAAGUAUGUCGUCAAAAAAUACCGGGAAAUUGUCUUAACUGGGAAUGUCAUUGGAGUUGACAAGGUCAUAUCCUUUGACAAAAAAUCGUUACAAAAUGUAUACAGUGUGCAUUCAAAGGGCAGCAGAUGUGAGAGCUCACAAGCAGAAAAUGUUGCUAAUUUAUAA